CAAGUCUCUUGUUUCUCUCGCUCUGGACUCUGAAUUUCGAAGACUGAGGUUCCUCUCCUCUCGCUCUCUUGGAUUAUCCUUCUCUGAGGUGAAUUCCGGUGGUUUGCGAUGGAGGACAGAGUGAAACUGGAGGCUGCCAUAGAUCAGCUCCUGAACGAGGAGAAGCAGAUGAGGCUCGCCGGAGAUGUCUCUGGGACGAGGAAGGCCGUUACUGACAUUCUUCAGCUUUGUUUCGAAGCUAAGGACUGGAAACUCCUGAAUGAACAGAUUGUCAAUCUGUCCAAGAAGCGUGGCCAGCUUAAGCAGGCUGCGCAAUCUAUGGUCCAGCAAGCAAUGCAGUACAUUGAUCAGACACCAGAUAUUGACACACGGAUAGAGCUUAUUAAGACACUAAACAAUGUGUCUGCUGGAAAGAUAUAUGUCGAAAUUGAGAGGGCUCGUUUGAUCAAGAAGCUUGCUAAGAUUAAAGAAGAGCAGGGGCUUGUAGCUGAAGCUGCAGAUCUUAUGCAAGAAGUCGCUGUGGAGACAUUUGGUGCUAUGGCAAAAACUGAGAAGAUCGCAUUUAUUCUUGAACAAGUUCGUUUGUGCUUAGAUCGACAAGAUUAUGUCCGUGCUCAAAUCUUGUCUAGGAAGAUCAAUCCAAGAGUUUUUGAUGCCAAUACAUUGAAAGAGAAGAAGCAACCUAAGGAAGGUGAAAGCAUAGUAGAAGAGGCUCCAGCUGAUAUACCAUCCUUGUUGGAGCUGAAACGAAUUUAUUAUGAGCUAAUGAUUCGGUACUACUCUCACAACAACGACUACCUUGAAAUAUGUCGUUGCUACAAGUCAAUAUAUGAUAUCCCUUCUGUCAAGGAAAACCCGGCACAAUGGAUUCCAGUAAGACAGCAUUGAUCGGGUCAUCCACUGUCUACAUGUAC